AGCGCCAUCAUGCGUCCAUUUACAAAACGUCACAAUCACCGGAGCGGACCGAAAAUAGGCUCAACCUGGGUUCCUACACGGACUAUUUUGGUCGUAGCACGAGUUAAAUGUAUCUUGAACUUCCAGAGUUGACUUUCUCGAUUUAUUCAGGUUAAACUAUUUUAAUUACAAUGUCUAAUAUCACCAAUUUAUCCCGUGUCGUCCACGCAUUGAGGGUCCAACGGCUAACAAAUGGUUUUUGCUUAAAAACACCCGCGUUUGCUUGCAACUUGGCGAGAUUUCUGCACUCGAACUUCUCGUCCAACAGAACUUUCCCAAAGCAUCGCUUUGAAUGCGCUACACAUUACAGCUCUUCAGCAAAGAAGGACACCGUUAGGAUAGGGUGCGCGUCCGGGUUUUGGGGAGAUACGGCAGCCUCGGUCCCCCAGCUGAUCUGCAGUGGGCAGAUAGACUACCUGGUGUUUGACUACCUCAGUGAGAUCACCAUGUCUCUCCUCACCGUGGCCAAGACCAAGAUGCCUAAUAUGGGUUAUGCCCCUGAUUUUGUCCAAAUAGCGAUAGCUCCCUUUAUACAUGACAUCCAUAAGAAAGGUAUCCGGGUGGUCAGUAAUGCCGGGGGGGUGAACCCACUGGCGUGCGCUGCCGCUAUACAGGAAGUAGUCAAGAAGGCGGGACUUGAUCUCAAGGUCGCCGUGGUGACAGGCGAUGACCUCAUGGCUCAGAAAGACAGUCUGUCUGAGGUGAGAAUGGCUGAUGGGGUGAGCAGGUCAAAGCUGCCUACAACCGUCCACAGUAUGAAUGCCUACCUGGGUGCGGUACCCAUCCAGCGGUGUCUAGACCUGGGGGCUGACAUUGUAGUCACAGGGAGAUGUGUGGACAGUGCUGUCGCCCUAGGACCUCUCAUGCACUCUUUUGGGUGGAAGCAAAACAACUAUGACCUGUUGGCAGCUGGGAGUCUUGCAGGCCAUCUCAUAGAGUGUGGUGCCCAGGCAACAGGUGGCAUCUUCACAGACUGGCACACAGUACCCGACUGGUGAGGACAUUAUACAGUUAUGUCCCAU